AUGCACAGAUCCACAUCCGGGAAGUUAACUCUGCCCAACCAGGAAGUGGCACGCCUAUCGGAGCAGCAGCGGGAGGUUCGGCUUCUUGCAGAGUCGGGUCACCACUCCUUGGCAGAGCUAAAGAGGCAGCGGAACCAGAUACAGCACAAGAUCCGUUCUAUUCAGCUGGCCGAUGCCAAUGAACGCCUCGGCAGACUGGCAGAGAAGGUGGAGCAGUCACCUGAUUCAGCACAGAUGUUCCUUGCUGCUUCGGCCAUGAAAAGUGGGUCUCAGCCAUCGAGUAUCAUGGUCAGCUCUGCUGAUGGCCACCUUUUGGCUUCAGAUAAGCAGAAGGCAGAGCGCGUCACGGAGCACUUCAAGGAUCUGUUCUGUAAAGAUCAAUCAGCUGUUAUUCAGAAGCUAGUCCCUCACUGGCUAAGUGUAGCAGCGUCUCCAGCGGAGGUGGAAACAGCGAUGAAACGAAUCAAAAACGGAAAGGCUUGUGGGCCGGACAAAGUUCCUGGAGAAUUACUGAAGUAUGGAACAUCACAGCUAUCCAUCGUCGCGGCAGACAUCAUCAACCAAAGCGUAGCAGAGGGUGCCGACAUGUCAUCGUUCAUCGGACUUGGCACACUGAUUCCUUUACAAAAACCAAAAAAAACCUAG